AAAGGAAGUGAAUUUGGGUUUUGCUUUAUUGAUUUUUAAAAAAAUAGCAACUGCAAAGCGAGACAGAGGCUGUGAUGUGCACGGGGGGCUCAUGCCUGCACUGCCUUGCCACAGAUUUCUCUAACCACAGACGAAAGUUAGAAGCCUGACAGUUUCUCUUCAGCAGAAGAAACUAAGACUCUUGCUGUGAUAAAGCCAACUAGUCUUCUGAGGAAAAAAUAUCCUCACACCAACAUAAAAUGGCCGCUUCUCCAGAAGAAACUAUAGGACUGGAACUCCCGUUGCCGAUUCGAGUGAAAUUAGAGGCUCAAGCGCAAGGAGACAACAGCAUGAGAGAAGAUGAUGGAAAAGUCCCUUCUACAAUCCAAUCUGGGGCUACUGAGGAGAUAUUGCGAGGGGCUCCAGUGCCAAGGGUGAAGCAGGAGCUGGUAGAGGAACCGUUUCCAAGCUGGGAUUGCCAGUGGCAACGGGUAUUGGAGGUGGUGCAAACUCCUGUGAUUGCCCCAGUAUGGGACAAUUUUCAAUUGCCUCCUCUCACUCAAGCAGGCAACACUGAGGCCUACUUGACCAGUUUUGAACGGGUGGCUGAUGCCUCCCAGUGGCCUAGGGAAGAGUGGGUGACUCGGCUCAUGCCUGUUCUCAGUGGGCAAGCCCAACAGGCGUAUUUUAGCCUGGAUUCAAAAGACAAGGGUGACUACGGGAAGGUGAAGGUGGCCAUUUUGAGGCUGGAUAAUUACAUGGCCACAGAGACACACCGCCAAGGCUUUAGGCAUUUUUGUUACCAAGAUGCUGAGGGGCCACGAGGGACGUGCCAGAAACUACAGGAACUUUGCCAUCGUUGGUUGAGGCCUGAGAGCCAGACCAAGGAGCAAAUCCUGGAUUUAUUAAUCUUGGAGCAGUUCCUUGUAAUUCUGCCACAGGAAAUGCAAAAUUGGAUUAGAGAACGUGGGCCAGAGACCUGUGACCGAGCAGUGGCUCUGGCUGAGGAGUUUUUACAGGAACGACAAGUGACUGAGAGAUGGGAACAGCAGAUAACAGUGCCAGUUGAGAUGGUGAUCAUAAACUCCCCUAUUGUAGAUCAGGCUCUGUCCGACACAACACAGAGACACCCUCCCAAGGAGACCAACCAAGCUGAUAACUGCUCAGAAGCGGAUAGCAACUUUGCAAGCAGAACUGGAGCCAAGGAUGUGCACCAGGGAGAGUCAGAGGCUGAAGAGCAAGGAAGGAGGCCUCAAGGACGAUUUAAAGAGGACGCUUUCCAGAGAGCCGACCUGAAAAGAGCAUACGUGAGCGAGCGCAGUCUAGGGAGGGAGCAGAAGAGCUGUCUUUCAGUGAGGGUGCUGAAGGACAAAGGCCUUGACAGGAUCCUAGCUGACCCAGAAGUAAAACGGCACCUUUGUAAGGAAUGCGGGAAAAGAUUCCGUAAGAAGUGGGACCUCAUCAGGCAUGAAAGGAUCCACACGGGUGAGAAGCCAUACCAGUGCCCUGAGUGUGGAAACAGCUUCAACCGGAACACGACCCUCACGAAACACCUCCUCAUUCACUCGGGAGAGAAACCCCACCAGUGCGCUUACUGCGGGAAGAGGUUCACACGGCGUUCACAUGUGGUGAACCACCAGAGACGCCACUCAUGCCAAGGAAGGUCUUGAUGAAGCAUCCAACAUGGCUAGAUUGUUCGGUAGAUGGAGCAUGUGGAAGCAUUUUUACCCUGCAAUUCAGAGGACAAGAGUGGCUGCAUGUUGCACUGUAAGGCUCAGAAUGUCAGCAUUCCGUGCUUGGGUGGACUUUGAAUCUGCUGAUGAGCCGAAGACAAGCCAUUUUCAGGGAUCUCUGCUUCUAUCAGGGUGGGGAAAAGAACUCUUGUCAGUUUCAUCACUUGGCAAAAGACUUGAGGGGGAGAAACAUGAUCCAAGCAACAUGUGCCAAUUGAGGUGGAUGCCGUCUUUUUAUGCACUGCCAGAGUGAUAAGCACAGACUAGCAGGUGUUGCUGGAAGGAUGGAGUGGGGGGAAUGCUAAGACUUUUUGAAUAGGGUUAUUGCCAGAUGACCUCUGCACAGUUUGUUGAUUUUUGAGUUGCCUACAUGCGGCAGGUGGUGCACCAGGUCACCGUAAUAAUGGUGGUUAUCGGCUGAAAGCAUAAUAGCACAGCUGUGUAUUUUGACCUUGCACUGCACAACUGGAAGUAAGCUUUUGCUACCUUGCGGUAUCAUUGACUGAAGUUAACCAUUUUCCCCGUGAGCUUUUUGAGAGUGAAAUAUGCUGCAGGGACAGAGAAAUAGAAGGGCCAGCAGGAGCAAACUGGCCCCCACUGCAUUUGGGGUCAGUUUCCAUACUCUGCGCCAAAACCACUCCAAACAAAGUGCCAUCUGAUUCACCUUGAAAUAAACUCUAGGAUGCGAAGGUUGCCACCUGCCAAGAGAAGCGCUGCCCUGGCCUGCUUGCACAGCUCGAAGUGCCGAAAUGAACGUGUGUUGCUUUUGAUUUCGUAGCAUGGAGAUAAACAUUAUUACCAAGGCACAAGCUACCAUGCCUGGUUGGUAAGUUGGUGAUCUGUGUCGGCGGCAUGGGUGGAGAAACCAGAAACAUGUUGGCCUCAUGCUGUUGGUAACAGCUGGUGUGCUGUUCUGUGAACGUGCCAAGGAAGGCUCCCUCAGGUCCCCCAGUGAUCUGAUUGUUCCUGGCCAAUUGUUCCUGCUGAGCAUGCCUUUACUAUUUCUGUGUUCAGAUGGUCAGCUUGGCUGUUGAGUUUCUGUUUUAAAAGGGUUACUUUUUAAGAUGUUGACUCUGGAGCUGCUUAACUUAUUUCUGACUUUCCUGGAAAAGCAUUACAAAGUUUGGAUAUAUACCAUGUCAGUCAUUCACCCAUCUGUCCUAAUAAAAAAUAGGGUCGGCGUCACCCUCA